AUGGCUCGGAAAGUGGCUCCCCUUUGCCUGGCUGCAGCUGCAGCAAUGCUGCUGAUUGCACUGCCGACCGCAUUCAUUCCCUCCCCGGCGAGGCAAAAUGCUGUUGCCGCUGCUGCUGUCGCGGCCGGCACUGCCACUCUGCCUGCUUGGGCAUAUGACCCAGACAUGACGGAUGCGCAGAUCUUGCUGGCUCGCAUUCCAGGAGGCAAGCGCACUCAGGAGUUGGGCUUGAUAAUUCCCAUUGCCGAGGAGGAUGGCUUGACUGAUGGUCAGGUUGCUGGCUUGUUCGUUAUUGCCUUGGUGGUCUUUAUUGCAGCACUUGACCUGGCAAAGACCUUGUACAAUGGGAUCAAUCCUGCCAAGUUCAAAACGGCAAAGGGCAAGGGCUACAUCUCCCCGCUCGUGAAGCGCUACAUCGAGAACGGCUACUGA